UGAACAGCUAUAUAAACGCUACACAAGCGAGAUGUUUCAGGAUGAAGCGCAUUUUUUGUCCCAUCAUGAAGAUAAGUUUUGCUCUUGUGUUGACCCUGUCCGUCAGUGUAUUCGCAACCUACCAAGUACCAGUAGAGAAGAUAACUGUAUGGGGUGGUGGAACAUCAUGGUACUUUAAUGGUUAUUGUGAAUUUGAAGUAACACAGUCACAUGGAGAGAACACUAUCACAGUAGAUAUGCUCCUAGAUCAACCCACUUCAAACUUACAGAUUUGGAAAUUGACCAUUGGAAAUAUUAUGAAUAAUGGACAGCAAUAUGACCUUUUUAAUCAAAACGAUUGGCAUGCGGGUAUACAAAAAGUCGAUUUUAUUCUACAAUACGACGGAACUCAAGAAUCAUUUCCUACCGGUACAUGUAGCAGCAACCUCCCUUCUCCUUCCAAUCAAGGAACAUCAACGACUACAACCACCACUACGACACCGACGACUACAACUACAACACAACCGACAACAACGACAAAACCGACGUCAACUACGACACAGCCGACAACAACUACGAAACAACCGACGACAACUACGACACAAUCGACGACAACUACGUCACAACCGACGACAACUACGACACAAUCGACGACAACUACGUCACAAUCGACGACAACUACGUCACAACAGCCAACGACAUCUUACACUGUACCUGUUGAGAAUGAUAAUACGUGGGGAAGUGGGACGACUUGGUAUAUGCAGGGAUCCUGCACGUUUGACAUCCAGAGCCAGUAUGGUAUAGGAGAUAUACUGAUUGAUAUGUACUUAGAUCAAACGGUAUAUGUGAAUCAGAUUUGGAAUGCCGUAAGCUUUGGCCAUUCAAAUAAUUAUGAUGUAUAUUAUCUACACAAUGCACAUUCAAUAUCAAAUCAACUUCUUGAAAUAGGAUUCAUUUUAAGAUACGAAGGUAGUGAAGCAAGCUUUCCAACAGGAACGUGUGUCAGUGAUAUUGCAUCUUCACAAGACACGACAACGACACCUGCAACAACCACAACAACGACAGCAACAAUGACAACAGCAACAACGACGACAACACCAGCAUCAUCUACAACGACAACAUCACCAACCACAACGACAAGUAGUUCUACAAACGUUUCCACGGCACACGAUUACGGACGACUAAUUGAAUACUCCAUUUUGUUCUAUGAAGCCCAACAAUCAGGCAAUUUGACAUUUAAUCGUAUAGACUGGCGUGGAGAUUCGGCAACUAAUGAUGUGGGAAUCAACGGCGAAGACCUUACAGGAGGCUGGUAUGAUGCUGGAGAUGGCGUAAAAUUCAACCUUCCAAUGUCAGCUUCUGUUACAAACCUUGCAAUAGGCUUAUUACAUUGGAAAGAUGCAUAUAUAGACUCUGCUCAAUUACAACAUAUGUAUAACUCUAUCAAAUGGCCGUUGGAAUAUCUAAUAAAAUGUUGGAGGUCAUCAGACAGAAUAUAUUAUGCACAGGUUGGUGAUGGUGACUUAGAUCAUGCUUAUUGGGGACGACCUGAAGAAAUGACUAUGAAUAGACCUGCGUAUUAUCUUGACGAUACCAUGUCAGGAGCUGACGUUACUGGGGGAACUGCAGCAGCAUUGGCUGUCGGUGCAUUGGUAUUUAGUGAACUAGACUCGUCAUAUGCUGCCACACUUUUGUCAAGUGCUGAGAGUUUGUAUUCUUUCGCAAAGGAUAUUCCAGGUUUAUACAACAAUGACAUCUAUGAUAUUACCCAAUUUUAUGAGUCCCAUGAGUAUAAGGACGAGAUGUGUUCAAGUGCAGUACUGCUGUAUAUGGCAACCAAUAACCCUCAGUACCUAACUGAAGCCGAAGCUUUUUAUAACGACUACAACCACGACAGCAUUCCAUGGGCAUUUGACUGGGAUGAUAAGACGGCGCUUUGUGAAGUUCUUCUUUAUGAUAUAACUGGGGAUAAUAUUUACAAAACACGUGUAGAGAAUUUCAUCACUGCUUGGAUGCCAUCAGGAUCUUUACCGUACACAACCUGUGGAGUAGCAUGGAGAUUAGAAUGGGCAUCUCUUAGAUAUUCUGCUAAUGCAGCAUUCAUUGCCCUGCUAGCAGCAGAUGUAGGGAUCGGUGAUGCAACAGCAUACAAGACAUGGGCUAUGUCACAGAUUCAUUACAUGGUCGGCGAUAAUGGUGAUGACUUCAGUUUCUUGAUUGGCUAUGGAACUAGUACUGCUUUUCCAAAGCGCCCGCACCACAGAGGAAGUACCUGUGACUACUCUCCUGCCACCUGUGACUGGGGUACAUAUUGGAGUUCAGGUCCUAACGCACACACUCUUUAUGGGGCACUUGUCGGAGGUCCUCAGGAUCUGGACGAUACCUACAUUGAUGAUAGAAAUAACCACAAGACAAAUGAGGUGGCCUGUGACUACAAUGCUGGAUUCCAAUCCGCAGUUGCAGGUUUGCUUCACUUUGCCUUGAACGGAAACUUGCCUGCUUCUCCUACACCUAGUUGCUAAUUGUGAGAACCGACGAAAACUUCUACAAACUUAAUAUCUAGAGAUAUAGUGAUGUUUAUAUCUAAUGUUGUACUUGAUUUAUAAUCUUGCACGCUAUAUUUUUUUCUGUACAAUUGUUUCCGAUAUUUGUCAAGUCACAAAGAUGUAUCUUGAUAUAACUCGUUUGUCCAGCUGUUACUAUUUUUCAAUAAAUGAUUUACAUGUU